CAUUACAUCUAUGGAUUUCUCAGAAGAAGUUCUGCAAAUGUAUGCUGAAAUCAAGGAGAAAUCAAAAUAUGAUUACAUGAUCUGCAAGUUUAAUAAUAAUAGACUGGUCAUUGAACACAUCGAAAAAGUAGAAAACGUUAAGACAGACAGAAAUUACUCGUAUGAAGAUUUCACACGGAAGUUAAAAGGAAAGCAGACAUUUCGAUAUGGAUUUGCCAUUUUUAAAUGGAUUAAAAAAGAAAACAUCUCUAGAAAGACAGUAGGAGUUAUAUGGGAACCAGUUCUCCCUACAGAUCUAGAAGAACGCCAUUAUGACACACUGAAAUUGGUUUUACAAGCAGAUUUAUUUAUAGAAACCUCCAAUGGAUGGAGACUUGGCAGUUCAAAUGUAAAUUUGAACUUCAUAUUUUUGGAACGAGAUAGACCAAUGGAUAUUGCAGAUGAGGUACUACAAAUGUACAAUGAAAUCAAAGGCAAUGAGAGAUAUGAUUACAUGAUCUGCAAGAUCAAUGAUAAUCGACUGGUCAUUGAACAUAUCGAACAGUUGUCAAACGAAAACCAAGACGGAUCAGAUUCAUAUGAAGAUUUCAAACAGAAGAUAACAGAGAAACAGAGUUUUAGAUAUGGGUUUACCACAUUUAACAUGAGUGUAUGCGGAGAAGUCUGUAAAAAGACAGUGGGCAUUGCCUGGGAACCAACGUAUGGAAGCCACCUUGGAAAGCAACAUCUGGACACAUUCAAGGAAGCUUUACAUGCAGAUUUAUUUAUAAAAACUUCUUUCGAAGGAAAGCUUGAUAGGAACUAUAUACAGAGGAAUUUACACAGAUAAUUGUUUACAGAUUUAUUGUUUAGCUAAAAUAUUUAAAUUUUAAAGCAUUGAAAUAUUACACUUAAAUUCAGUUAAGUCGUGCCAAUGUCCACAACAUUUCAUGCAUAAUAAUGAAGAGAACAUUUUCUACAGUUUUCAGUGUGUCAAUUAACUUUUGAUCAAAAAAUACUUGAAUGAAAGGUAUUAUUAAAUAUUAAUCGCUAACAGAAAAAUUCGACCAUGGAUACAAUAUAACACGAAAAAACAUGACAAUCUCGACAGAAAUGAAAACAGCAGUGAAUACAUAGAUUGUGGAACAAUACAAAAGCCAUGAUUCAAUUCAGAUAAAUUCAAUUUAUAUGAAUCAGU